AUGACGGACGCUUAUGAACGCGAGCAGCAGAACAAUGCGCUUCUCAACUCUCUUAGGAGCAAGGUCACCAACCUCCAUGAUGUGACUAUCAAUAUCCACGACAACGCCCGGAAUCAAGAUACCCUUGACCAUACGAAUGAUGUUUUCUCCUCCUUUUCCACGAAUCUCAAGGGCAGUGCCUCCCGGCUGACGCGAAUGGCAAAACAAGGCGACACAGUGGCUGUCUUGAAAGUCGCGGGCAUCUGUGUCGCGGCUGGGGUGGCAAUUUACGUUAUUCUGAGUUGGAUUUUCUAG